GGUUGAUAGCAAGAGAUACAAUACCAUUUGUGGAGUCCAACACUCGGCCGAGGACCAUGGCUACUUUAUGGAUCCUGGUCUUAUGCGUCAUCUCGCCAUCGGUAUCCCAUAAAACCACCAUCUCCAAGAUCUACAGCGAUCCUGAGUUGCCACAGGACGAGCUACAGGCCAAAUGCCGAGACAAGGAAGGGGAGAUCUGUGGGUACUGUAAGCAGAUGGUAACCUGUGAUGCUUCGGGCCCAUUGCCGACCAUGUGUGGCAAAGGGACGUGGUGCAGAACUGUUGACUCAGGCGUGGAGAGCAAUGCUGGCUGUUUCCCGGAGUGCCCGGAGUGCGAGUGCCCCUCCGUGGGGCAGGACGGCCGCCUCUUCCCCGACCCUCUCGACCCGCGAACGUACUUCGUUUGCGACGACUUCGCCCUCCGUGGCCAGCGCUUCUACAGGUGUCCUCCCGGCACGCACUUCGACGCGCAGAGCGAACAGUGUGAGCUGGAUCCGCCCACGACAGCAGUGACUUUUACAACCACAUCCGCGGCCUCCUUCAGCACAUCCGCGACCUCCUUCUUCAGCACCAAUCCCUCUCGUGCGCCCACCUCGUCGCCAGCCACAACCUCCAACACCGUCGGCCUGACGACCUCUACCACCGUGUCACCCAGCGCCUGCUCGCCCGGGACUAUCAAUUGCACUUCUGAAGGCGAGUUCCCCUUCCCUUCGAACUGCCAAGAAUACUAUACCUGCGAGUUCGACUCCUCCAGCGGGUCGUACCAACCCUCGUGUUACGAAUGUCCGGAGGGAAAAGCGCUCUAUCCCGGGUGGGGAUGCCAGGACCCUCAGCACUUCGACUGCGGCGGCAAGGAAGGCCGUUUCCAGGAGGUGAGCGACUGCAGGAAGUACCACGUGUGUCUUCUCGUGGGCGAGAUGAUGUAUCACCAGGUUAUCACGUGUCCAAACGGCCAGGGCUACGACGAGGUGCUGGGAGCAUGCGCACCUGUCGCCUGCGCCGACAAGUGUAUUGACGUUCCGAGGGUCUAUGACAGGGAAUAAUCAUUGGAAUUCA